AUGUACGCUGACGACACAGCUCUAAUCUGCAGCAAYACCUCAGACCUCAACAGAUCAAUCAGCCACGUCAACAACUUCUGCCUCGCAACAGCUGCCAAGCUCAACGCCUCCAAGUGCUCAUACUUCUCAUUCUUUGACAGCAUCCUCCCACCUUCACUCAACUUCCACAAGAUCCAACAAGACCAACUUGAAACAUACCUCGGCUAUCAAUUCUCACUCACUGGCAUCUCCAACAACCUUCACGCCACUAUCGACAAACUCACCUCCUCAUUCCUUCUCUGGAAACAGAGAGGAUCAACAAUCAAAGCAAACACCAACAUCGUCAAAUCAUACCUCCUCUCCAAACUCACCUACCUUCAAUAUCUCAACUCUAUAGACUCAGACGACAUCAGAAAGCUCAACAACAUGAUCAACUGGUUCAUCUUCUCGUACCGAGACUUAACCCCCAAUUACUACUUCCAACCCAAGAUGAAACCACUCAGACGUCUUCUACCAAUGAAGUUUGGAGGCCUCGGCCUUCCCGACAUUGGACUCAGAGACACCGCCCAGAAAGCAUACAUCUUCGACCACUUCCUCAACUCUCACAACUCACUCCCAUAUGGCCCUGCAUGGCUUCACAACCUUCAGGAACAGAUCUCUUUCAACCAAGCAACCAACCUCCCAUGGACAGACCCACAAGCCUACGGCCAACUCUCAUCCAUCCAACAACUCACCUUCAAGGCCUGGCUCACCGUCAAUGCCUCAAAGUCCGUCACUCAAAUGCCAACACCAAUAUUCAACACCAACCCUCUCCAACUCCACUCCAACGACCUCUCCUUCCUCAAGUUCUUCACACUCAACAACCAACCAAUCUUCACAACCAACUCCAAAAAGAUCACUCUCAAACACUACUACCUCCUCCUCCUCUACAACAACCUCAAGUCAUCUCUCCCUCGA